CCUUUGCAUCUGGCUUGCUUCGAUGGUCACAUAACUGUCGUGGGUCUGCUUUUGAGCAGAUCUGCGAAAUUGUUGCAUAGUUUGGAUCAUGACGGCAAGACCGGGCUGCACAUCGCGGCGACACACGGACAUUAUCAGAUGGUGGAGGUCCUCUUGGGUCAGGGAGCGGAAAUAAACGCGACCGACAAGAAUGAUUGGACACCGCUGCAUUAUGCGGCACGCGCCGGCCAUCUGGACGUCGUGAAACUGAUCGUGAACAGCGGCGGGUCUCCUGAAAUCAAGACGAACCACGGUUACGCACCGAUCUGGUUCGCCGCAUCCGAGAGUCACAAUAAAGUGCUGAAAUACCUCAUGGAGAAGGAGCAUGAUAAGUAUGCUCUGAUGGAAGAUAGGGAG